CCCGAACCAUUAUCACGAACAUAAUUGCAAACUUGGGGCCAUCGGGCCCCACAUUUCCCCGGCGGAGACCAUAAUUCCAAGAAAGAAGAAGAGCUGUUCCAUGCAACCAACCUCUGCCGUCCAAUGUGUCUACGUGGAAUUUUGUGACAUAUAUAGAAAAUAAAAUGAAUGAUCAGUCGCUCUUAUCGAUACUUCACCAGCAGCGAUGAACUCUCCCAUUUGGCUGUUUCUGAUAGAGACUACAUCUUUCUCUUUUGGGGAACCACAGAGCGAGAGCGAGAGAGAGAGAGCUGUGUCUUUGUGAGCCACGAUGGAAGCGAGCUUCCACAUAAAUCGAUCGUUUAAUUGCUGCCGGACGCCCUUUCUGGAUGGAGGGGGAUGGGGGACGAUGCCUUCUUCGAUGGCACUACAAUCGAAAGGAUUUUCAGGAUUCAAAAUCCCUUCUAAUAUUGUUGUGGCUUCAGAAUACUCGAGGAAGCAGCAAAGAAAAAGCCCUGCAGCUAAACCAAAAGUUCCUUUCUCAAAGGGGCACUCGCCAAGUUCCACUUCAAAGUCAAAGACUGAUAGAAGUACACAGAAAAGGGUUCAAAGUGAUGAAAAAGCUGAAGUCAGAAAUCAGAAUUUCAAGGAAACAAGCAGGAAACAUGUUGCUGCAAGAGCCCAAACAUCUGAGAGCAGUUCAUAUAGUGGUCCUGAUGAUGCAUUAAAGGAGGUUAAACUUGAUCUGCUGGAAGCAAAGCAAAGUAAGGUUGAACCAGACGUGACUAGUACAAUCAAAUCUACUGUGUUGGAACCGUUGGAGGGUCAAGUGGAUUCAGCUAGGGAUGAGUUGGACAGCACAAUAUCUUCAAUAACUUUUAGUGAAUUUGGAAAUGGUGUUGCAGGUGAAGAAUUGCCUAAAGACAGGCCUGAUUUACAGAAUUUUUUAAGAGACAAACGCAGGGAAGAAUCGGUCCCAGACGCAGAAGAACUGUCUAAGGGCACUUUGGAGAAUGAUAUGGCAAAAAAGCAACUGCUUGAAAACCUUGCACUUUCCAGCUUCUCAUCUGGUAAUAAGUUCUUUGUUUAUCCUGAAGUUGCAAUAGCUAAUCAUGAUAUCGAGGUUUUUCUAAACAGGCAGAUGUCUGCCCUGGAAAAAGAACCAAAUGUUUUAAUAAUGGGUGCCUUUAAUGGUUGGAGGUGGCAGUCCUUUACCAAGCCAUUGCAGAAGACAGAUUUGCAAGGGGAUUGGUGGUCUUGCAAAGUGCAUAUCCCAAAAGAGGUGUAUAGGAUGGAUUUUGUAUUUUUCAAUGGUGACAAGGUGUAUGAAAAUAACAAUUCACAAGAUUUCUAUAUGCCAGUUGAAGGUGGAAUGGAUAUUUUUGAUUUUGAAGAUUUUUUGCUCAAGGAGAAAAGGAGAGAGAUUGAGAAACUUGCAGCUGAACAAGCUGAAAGAGAAAGACGAGCUGCAGAACAGCGGCGGCUGGAGGAGGAGAAAGCUGCAAGUGAGAUAGACAAGUUACAAGCAAAGACUGAAGCAGGGAAGAGGAGAGAAAUAUUGCAGCAAAUAAUGAGGAAGGCUGUUAACUCUGUUCAUGAUCAAUGGUACAUAGAGACGUCUCAGUUCAUGGGAGGAGACAAGGUUAAAAUAUAUUAUAACCGCAAUUCUGGACCGCUUGCACACUGUGGGGAGGUAUGGAUUCAUGGAGGGCAUAAUAAUUGGCAAGAUGGACUGACAAUAGCCGAAAGGCUAGAUCAUUCAGAUGGGAGUUGGUGGUCUGCAGAUGUUACUGUUCCUGAUAGAGCUCUUGUCCUUGAUUGGGUGUUUACUGAUGGACCACCGGGGCAUGCAAAGGUAUAUGAUAACAACAAAUUGCAGGAUUUUCAUGCUAUUGUGCCUCAAUCCAUCCCUGAAGAUCGAUAUUGGCUUGAAGAGGAACACCAAAUAUACAUAAAACUUCAGCAGGAACGGAAGCUUAAAGAGGAGGCUAAGCGUUUGAAGGCAGAAAAAACUGCAUGCUUGAAAGCAGAAACAAAGGAGAGAACACUAAAAAUGUUUUUGCUUUCUCAAAAGCACAUAGUGUAUACCGACCUACUUGAUGUCCAAGCAGGGUGUCCUGUGACAGUUUUCUACAAUCCUACCAAUACUGUUCUGAAUGGCAAAUCUGAAAUAUGGUUCAGAUGCUCAUUUAAUCGUUGGACGCAUCGUCUUGGUUCUCUACCUCCUCAGAAAAUGAUUUCAUUUGAUUCCAGCUCCCAUGUGAAAGCAACAGUAAAGGUUCCAUUGGAUGCUUACUUGAUGGACUUCGUCUUUUCUGAAAGAGAGGAUGGUGGGAUCUAUGACAACAGAAAUGGCAUGGAUUACCAUGUUCCUGUAAUUGGUGGAGUUGCGAGAGAGCCACCAAUGCAUAUUGUCCAUAUUGCCGUGGAAAUGGCACCUAUUGCAAAGGUUGGAGGGCUAGGAGAUGUUGUUACAAGCCUUUCUCGUGCUGUGCAAGAAUUAGGACAUAAUGUUGAGAUCAUUCUUCCAAAAUAUGAUUGCAUAAAUUAUACCAAUGUAAAAGAUAUGCAGUUCUUAAGAGAGUUUGGCUGGCGAGGGACCCAAGUUAAGGUCUGGUUUGGCAAGGUGGAAGGCCUUCCUGUUUAUUUCUUAGAGCCUCAGAAUGGAAUGUUUUGGGUUCGAUGCAUAUAUGGUUGCAAGAAUGACGGGGAGCGAUUUGGUUUCUUUUGUCACGCAGCACUAGAGUUUUUGCAACAAAGUGGUUCUCACCCUGAUGUCUUGCACUGCCAUGAUUGGUCAAGUGCACCAGUUGCAUGGUUAUUUAAAGAGAACUACAGGCAUUAUGGUCUAAGCAACACGCGAGUUGUUUUUACAAUCCAUAAUCUUGAGUUUGGAGCUGGCUUAAUUGGGAAGGCUAUGGCCAAUGCCGAUAAGGCUACGACAGUUUCAAUCACUUAUUCAAAGGAAGUUUCUGGCAACCCGGCAAUUUCUCCAAAUCUCUACAAGUUCCAUGGCAUUUUGAAUGGCAUCGAUCCCGAUAUCUGGGAUCCUUACAAUGAUCCUUUCAUACCUGUGUCCUAUACAUCUGAGAAUGUUGUGGAAGGGAAGAAGGCAGCAAAGGAGGCCUUGCAGCAGAGACUUGGUCUGAGGAAAUCUGAUCAUCCUUUAGUGGGUAUUAUCACACGUUUAACUGUUCAAAAAGGAAUUCACCUUAUCAAACAUGCAAUUUGGCGAACUCUUGAGCGUAAUGGGCAGGUCGUUUUACUUGGUUCUGCACCAGAUCCUCGAAUACAAAAUGAUUUUGUGAAUUUAGCAAACCAAUUACAUAGCUCACAUGCUGAUCGGGCCCGCCUUUGUUUAACCUAUGAUGAGCCUCUUUCUCAUUUGAUAUAUGCAGGUGCAGAUUUUAUUCUAGUUCCAUCACUUUUUGAGCCAUGUGGAUUAACACAGCUAAUUGCAAUGCGUUAUGGAUCUGUUCCUGUUGUACGCAGGACUGGAGGACUUAAUGACACUGUAUUUGAUGUUGAACAUGACAAAGAGAGAGCCAAGGCACAAGGCCUUGAGCCAAAUGGGUUCAAUUUUGAAGGAGCUGAUACUGCUGGCAUUGAUUAUGCACUUAAUAGAGCAAUGACUGCAUGGUAUGAUGCUCGGAGCUGGUUCAAUUCACUCUGCAAGCAAGUGAUGGAACAAGAUUGGUCGUGGAACCGGCCUGCGUUGGACUACAUGGAGCUCUAUCAUGCUGCACGAAAAUAAGUCAAGCGAGCACCCAGUUUUGGAAGUCUAUGCAUGCGAUUCCCAAGCAGUAUAUUUUUUGUUAAGUAGGAGUUCUGUACAGCCUUAAUUAUAUUUAACAGUAUUGUUGGCUCAUUCUUUCCUUCGAUGCUUCUUCCCUUCGUUAGCAUCAUCUGGUACGUGAGUAUAUCAGACUAAAUGUUAAUAAUGCGCUCCGUUUGUAUAUCAUUUGAGUUGGUCGUAUCAGAAUAAAUGUUCAAAUUUCUAUUUUUGCUCUA